GCUACUUAGUUCAACAUUAGUAGAAGUCAGCAGCUGAGUUAUACUAGCCUAUCUUACUACCUUAUUGUAUAAUAGGGUAUGGUAGGCGAGCGAAUUAGCAAGAUGCUUAGACUAAUGGAUAAGAGAUGGGCGUGGUUUGUGGUGGUUGGGUUCAGCAGCCAUUGUUUUUGAUUCAUAAAGCAGUUGGGUGUUUUGUGAGCUAUUGUGGGUUUGGAUCCAUGUGGGAGUCUUUGAUGAGUGACAAACAUAUUGUUCUGGUUCCACAUUUGGGUGACCAGAUCUUAAACACAAGGCUACAGGUUGAAGAUCUAAAGGUUGCUGUAGAAGUGAAGAGGGAAGAGAAUAAAUGGUUUUCCAAAGAGAGCUUGAGCGAAGCCAUAAAAUCUGUGAUGGAUAAAGAUGGUAAGGUGGGUUUGAUGGUGAAGAACAAUCAUACAAUGUGGAGGCAAGUUUUGACAAAACCUGGUUUUAUGAGUGGAUUUGUUGAUAGGUCUGUAGAUGAUCUGAAAGAGCUUGUAAACCAAUAGUAAUAACAUGAUGAUAAUUGGGGCUUCAAAGAGAGAAUAAAAAUUACGAUGCAAUUAAUUGAAGAUUUUCUUAUGUCGUUUUCCAAGGUAGGUUUAUGUAAUUCAUGAAAAUAAAUGUAGGCAAUGGACGGACUUAAAUGUAGGCGUAUUUAUAUGGUCAAUGUUUGAUUUCAGCUUUAUUUUAUUCUCA